AUCUCGAUUCACAGCUCCCAAUUCCAUCCAUUGUCCGCCCCUCACGCCUCCCAGCCCCGCAGCACGGCGCCCGCUCCACCAUGUUUCCCCGUUCGACUGUGUGCCGCGGCGCGCAGCGUGCUCUUCGACGGCAAGCCGCCCACCCGGCACAGCGCCGAGGGCUCGCUGCCCCGGCCUCAGGAUCGUUCCAGUACCAGUCGGGCGAGGCCAAGGGCGUCAAGUUUGCGAGCAGAGACUUCGCCGGACCCACCACGACGCUGGCACUGGUGUCCAAGGCCGGCACCCGAUACCAGCCGCUUCCUGGGCUGACGGAAGGACUGGAGCAGUUCGCAUUCCGGAGCACCGAACGAAGGUCGACAUUGCGCAUUGUCCGCGAGUCCGAGCUUCUUGGAGCCGAAUUGAAUGCCUACCACACCCGCGAGAAUCUCAUCCUCGAAGCUAAGUUCCUCCGCGAUGACCUGCCCUACUUUGUUGAGCUCCUCGGGGAGGUUGCCUCUUCGACAAAAUAUCUCCCGUGGGCCUUCAACGAAGAAGUCAUUCCCCUCAUCCACAUGGCCCACAAGAAAUUCCUGGCCAGCCCAGUCGACAUGGCCGUCAACUCCGCCCACAGCCUCGCUUUCCACCGUGGUCUCGGGACCCCCACCGCAUCCGCCGCCCCCACUCCCUACACCAAAUACCUCGACCCAGACACUAUCGAGGCCUUCUCCAAGUAUGCCUACGCCAAGCCCAACUUCGCCAUAGUUGCCAAUGGCGCCGAGCAGGCCGAGCUUGCGAAAUGGGUAGACCAGUUCUUCGACAAUGCACCUGCCUCAUUUUCAGGCGAAGUCCCCGGCGGAGCACCGUCAAAGUACUUCGGAGGAGAAGAGCGUAUUGCCCACGACGGUGGUAAUGCAAUGGUCAUUGCAUUCCCUGGCUCAAGCUCCUCUACCGGCCAGUUUUACAAGCCUGAAAUUGCCGUCCUCGGAUCUCUACUCGGCGGCCAGUCAAGCAUCAAGUGGUCUCCUGGCUUCUCUCUCCUUUCCAAGGCUGCUGCAUCCCCGAGCACCCACGUCAAAACUACAAGUGCCAUCUACUCUGACGCAGGUCUGCUCUACACCACAAUCACCGGCUCCGGAGCCAACGUCCGAAAGACUGCAGUUGCCGCCGUGGAAACCAUCAAGAAGGUCGCCGCCGGCGAGAUUACCAAGGAGGAAAUCCAGAAGGCAAAGGCGGCUGCCAAGUUCAAGGAGCUGGAGCACGGCCAGGACAUACUCGCUGGUCUCGAGCUUACUGGCGCGGGCUUGGUGCAUGGCAGCAAGGCUUACCAGAUUGAUGAAGUUGCGAAGGCCAUUGACGGUGUUUCGGAGGCAAAGGUCAAGGAGGCCGCCAAAUCAUUACUCGACAACAAAGCCUCAGUAUCCGCGGUCGGUGAUCUCUUCCUGCUACCAUAUGCCGAGGACUUGGGGCUCAAAGUGUAAAUAUCGCUUGAUGUUGACUGAAACGGGAAGGAGAGCAAAAUUUUGGUCGCUUGGGGGAAUGCAUGGAUGGAUGUGUACCAUUACUCUGUGAUUAGGAUCAGAUCAGAUCAGAUAGAAGUGUUUUAUAUGAAGAAUAUCAUUUUGCUUUUCUG